AUGGCAAAAAUUACAAACAAAAUUAUGGAAAAUAGUCGUGACAUGACUUACUCAAUACCGCCAUCAACUGCGGAUCAAUUAUUACUAUUACCUGCAGAUAGCGCUUGUUUUACUCCCAAUACCUCCUCAAUUAGUUCAGCAUUAUCAUUCGACAAUGUUAAUUAUGAUCAUGAUGAUAAUAAUGGGCGCUUGUUUCUGUCAACUCCCGGGUUUAGCCCAAUAAAACGAAAAGAAAAUAUGGACAAUAACUUAGCUGUUAAAGUUGCACGUACGGGCGUGGAAACAAUCAAAAGCAAUGAUGCUGAACUAGAUGAUAAUCGGAUGUGUGAUUCCAAAUCAGCCUAUAGUUUAUUCGAAACUGAAUAUGAUAUUAAAACAGCUGACCAACACAAAUUCCCCGACUGGACUUGGUCCAAUCAUUCCAGAGCUGAUUCAUUCCCUCUAUCAAACAAAGACAAAACCCAUGCCUCGUCAUCCUUCUAUCAUCUGCUCGACAUGAAUGUUGAACCUGUGGAUAAUCUGGCACAGAAACUGCAUAUCCCAUCACAAUAUCAGUUAGAAGAACUGCAAAACUUUGCACCCUACGUUAACGUCGCAUACGCUGAACGUACACCCACGAUACCAUAUCUUCCGCAUACCCUAACCAGGUCAGAAUAUAUAUUUGGCGAAAACAGCAAUCAUGCAGAAUAG